GCAGGGUGGGGAGCAGUGUGGGAGAGAACACAGAUUCUGUAUAACGGAGAAACACUGGGCAAAGGAAAGGGAAAGAUCCGAGAAACAUGACUCGAGAUUGCCCUUGUGAAGGUUUCCACCUCGAAGGAUUACAAAAAAACUCACGGAAUAGCAAGAAGGGCUCAGCGGCAAGAAGGCGAGGACACUAAAGUGAACGAAAGGGGAGCGGAAGGGGAGGAAAGAGGCGCGCCGCCGGGAAGGCAUCCAGGGUAUCUGACAGCAAACUCAGGAACUUCACUGUAUUUGGUGGACUUAAAGACAGUUUGAGGAUUUUGUGUCCUUGAAGACGCCGUGUUUAAUUGUGAUUACCUCAAAGAGCCGAUCUGUUCCCGGACCGAGUUGUGCUCCGCUUAACAUCGGAGGGACCGUGUCACCGAUUGGUAACGCUACAGUCACGUCGCUAGCGUCCUGUGUGCUUUCCACAGGGAACGUUCGGCGAUCUAACACCAAAUACUGGAUCGAAACUCAUUUUUUCUUCUUUGGUUUACCCCUUGUCAAACACGUUGCCGUGUGAGUGUGGAAAUUCUGUCUAAGGAACUUUUUGUGGAAGUACAUGCGUUGCGGUGGACUGGUUUUCCUCUAGAUUUUGGAGCACUUGUCAAGAUCCAAACCUGAUUUAAAGUCUAUUGGAUUUUUGUUGUUGUUCUUGUUGUUGUUAUUGAGGGGAUCCUUCUACUGGCAGAAGUCUGCCACUUUCGUCUCUAGUCAGGUGAUGGACUUCUGCUCAGAGUGACCACAACACUGAAGACUCUUUGGAGCUUUGUCUCCACUGCUCAUGUGACACUAGUAGAUGACGGCGAGUCUCCGGAUUUUAAUCCGAGAGAGAACCUCUCUACACUGUCCUACACUGACCAGUGUCCAGUCCCCCAGAAAGUGCUGGUAAUUGGACCUAUUUUUAGAGGGAGGGAUGGGGUAAAAGCAGAAAGCAAGAAAUUAAACUCCCCUCCUUUUUUUCUAUCCCUUCCACUUGUUCUAGUGGACUCGCAAACGACUAAGACAGCAAAUCAUCAAUUCGACAAACUUUUUCGAAUGAAUAAUCUGAGUGAGAUCGGCCAGAACCAUUUUGACGGGAGUCUUACCAGCCUGGGAAUACCUGCUGCAGUGGAUUUUGCGCUGGACAGAAAAAGCCCAUUUUGGAUUACAAAUUGAAUAUGUCUGAUGAACUUCAUCUUUCCUACUUAGGGUACAUCCUACCCAGGACAAUGCUCAUGGGGUUAGGAUUGAUGAGAGAGUAGAAAUCUUAGCAUUCUAGAAUUGUAGGACCUACUUUUUGACUACCUAAAAUAAACUACCAGCAAUCUGGAUCAGUGCAAACUUCCACCGUAAAGAAACAAGCAAAAUCUACCCUGAUAACCAAAUAUUACCCACGUCCCCCCAGCCACAGAGAAAAAGAUUAUAUAUGUAGAUCUCUAUAUCUAUAGCGUAACUCUUUACAUCCUUUAUAUUUUUACUUAAGAUAGACAAGCUGCCUGUACACCAAUUGGUUGCCUUAGAAACCACAGUAACAAAGAAAGAAGCUAGAGAAGACGGUGCCUUUUGAUUGGAUUGGUUGGUUUCCCACCAUUUCAAGAUUGACUGAGUUGGUCAGAUUAACUGUUUGAGCAAACUCUGGGAUUGAAAGCACGCCUCAUGAAGGUUACUUAAGAGCCCCUCCCCACACAAAGGCCGCCCACCUAUGAAAUCAUUUGAUUGAUUGGGUUUCCCUUCUGGAUUGACCUUUUGCUGAGUGUUUCCAUGGUGAUCACAUCAUCAUCUGUGGAGGACAAGACUGUGCCCCUUUGCAGAAUGGUCCAAUCACAACCCUGGGUCGCCUCUGCCCUCCAUCGUGACAAUAAAAGUGUAAGCAGCUCAGGAUGUCCGCCCACCUCCACCUCCUCCUCCUCCUCCUCCUCCUCCUCCUCUACUGCCCAGGGCUUCUCCCUCGCUGAGCCAGCCAUGACCAGCCAGCACACUCAUACACACCCCUCCUUCAGCUCCAUCCACUCCAUGGCCGAACAGCAGCAGGUGCUGUCUGAUAUGACCAUACUUCAGCGAAGGAUUCCCCCAAGUUUCAGAGACCCUGCCAGUGCCCCAUUGCGGAAACUCUCUGUAGACCUCAUCAAAACAUACAAGCACAUCAAUGAGGUGUAUUAUACUAAAAAGAAGCGGCGGGCCCAGCAGGUCCCUCCUGAAGAUAGCAGUACAAAGAAGGAGAGAAAAGUCUACAACGACGGCUAUGAUGAUGACAAUUACGAUUACAUCGUCAAAAAUGGAGAAAAGUGGCUGGACCGCUAUGAGAUAGAUUCGUUGAUUGGAAAGGGCUCCUUCGGACAGGUGGUGAAGGCCUACGACCACCAUGAGCAGGAAUGGGUCGCCAUCAAGAUCAUCAAGAACAAAAAGGCAUUUCUAAAUCAGGCACAGAUUGAACUUCGACUGCUGGAGCUCAUGAACAAGCAUGAUACUGAAAUGAAAUAUUACAUAGUCCACCUGAAGCGUCACUUUAUGUUUAGGAACCAUCUUUGUUUGGUGUUUGAGUUGUUGAGCUACAAUCUGUACGAUCUGUUGAGGAACACCAACUUCAGAGGGGUCUCCCUUAACCUCACUCGAAAAUUUGCACAGCAGCUCUGUACAGCAUUAUUAUUCCUAGCCACUCCAGAACUGUCAAUUAUCCACUGCGACCUGAAGCCAGAAAACAUCCUUCUGUGUAAUCCCAAGAGAUCUGCCAUCAAGAUAGUUGACUUUGGAUCAUCCUGCCAGCUCGGGCAGAGGAUCUAUCAAUAUAUCCAGAGCAGGUUUUACCGCUCCCCAGAGGUUCUGUUGGGAAUGCCGUAUGACCUGGCAAUUGACAUGUGGUCUCUCGGAUGCAUCUUGGUGGAGAUGCACACAGGAGAACCUCUUUUCAGUGGCUCCAAUGAGGUUGACCAGAUGAACAAAAUUGUUGAAGUGUUGGGGGUCCCUCCCAGCCACAUGUUAGAUGCAGCCCCUAAAGCCAGAAAGUAUUUUGACAAGCUAUCAGAUGGGCUAUGGACAGUGAAGAAGAACAAGGAUGUCAAGAAGGAGUACAAGCCCCCAGCCACUCGGCGUCUUCAUGAGAUAUUGGGUGUAGAGACUGGAGGUCCAGGUGGACGAAGAGCAGGUGAACCAGGGCAUGCUCCCUGUGACUACCUGAAAUUUAAAGACCUGAUCCUGCGCAUGCUGGACUAUGACCCCAAAAGCCGCAUCACGCCAUUCUACGCCCUGCAGCACAACUUUUUCAAGAAGACCACAGAUGAAGGAACGAACACUAGUUCAUCAACAUCCACCUCUCCCGCCAUGGACCACUCCCAUUCAACCUCUACUACUAGCUCUGUUUCUAGCUCUGGUGGCUCCAGUGGUUCCUCCAAUGACAACCGCAACUAUCGCUACAGUAACCGAUAUUACAACUCUGGUGUGACACAUUCAGACUAUGAGAUGACCAGCCCUCAGGCUCCAUCCCAGCAGCAGAUGAGGAUGUGGCCAGGCAGUGAUGGUGGAGGUGGGGGUCAGGACCCAGCGUACACCCAGUUGCUGCUCCACAAGCCGGCCGCCUCUCAACAACACCAGCGCCACUUCCUGGACCAGCCCCAUCACCCCCACCCGACCUACUCCCACCACGGGAACGGCGGGCGCGGCCUGCGACAGGGCGGACAGACGGGCAUCGGCGGAGGGGGGGGCCAGCAGGGAUCCUCGCCCCAGAUGAGUGACAGCAUGGAUGUGGGCGUGUCCCUAGGGCUGCACCACCUGGGGGCGGUGUCUUCCAUGGAGGCGUCGCAGUUCGGCUCCGCCUCCCUACCCCUCGCUCUGCCCAUCGGACUGUCCGCCUUCCGGACUCGGACGGCCGCCGCCGCCCCCGGGCCGCAAGCCCCGCCCCCCGAGGACUACUAUCCCGCCUCCAACAACAAUAAUCCCGCGGCGGGGGGCAGAGGGAGGCCGGACUCGGACGAGGGACCGGCCAACUCUUGAUAAAACCUGAACCAUGCCCUAAAGCCAUACAAUUUUAACUACAACUACGACAACUACACACAUACAGCCAGAGUUGAGAGACAAAGACAUUAACUUUGUGCUGAAGGAGACAGUCUGUACUGCAUGAGAGGAGGAGGAUGCUGGGAAAACUCUCCUUUUUAUCCCGUUUUACUUUUUUGUCCUUUGUUGCGACUGUCAUUUAAAAAGGAAUGAUUGUGACAA